AUGUCCUUUCCAUCCAAGACGACCCUCAUCACGGGCGCGACGUCGGGAAUCGGCCUCGCCCUGGCCGACCGCCUCGUCGCCAACGGCACCUACGUCAUCGCCGUCGGGCGCCGGACCGACCGCCUCGACGCUCUCGUCUCCGCCCACGGGCCCGAAAAGGUCGCCGCCGAGCCCUUCGACGUCACCGACCUCGAGGCCCUGCCGGCAUGGGUCGACAAAUGA